AUGCCGAAGAGGAAAACACAGAGCAGCGAGAGCCAACCCUAUCAACCUCGGAAACGAGCAGGGAAGCAACUGCCUCUCCUAGAGCCUCCUUCAGCCCCUUCGACUACUGAUUAUCCUGAAGUUCAGAUGAAUCUGGCACCUGAACUGCCCCAGUCCAUCCCUGGUCCUUCUUACACACUUGGUGCACAGGAAACUCCCCCUGUGGAGCCGCUACCUCCUCACCAACUGCAAGACCUGGCGGAGCGGAUAUCCACCAUCUUAAAAGACAGAGGGAGUCCUCAGUCGCAGGAAGAAGAUACUAGAAUUUGGAUUGUGGGUUCGUCCAUUAUUAAGAGAGCCUUUUGUCAGACAAGGCAUUCAAUAUUUCAAACUCACCUCGAGCUAGAAAGGCAUCGGGCAACAAUUUUCUGGCAGGGUAAGGGUGGAAUGAAAUGGGGGGAAAUUCUGCCGAAAAUCAAGUGUUUACUAAAAGUAGAGGACCCACCCAAUUUCCUCGUAUUGCACUGUGGGGGCAAUAACAUACCGGGUGAUAAAGGUGAGAAGUCUGUUGAUUUAAGACUAAAAAUCAACAACACCUUGGUCAGUUUGGCCAAGCUGUUGCCCGACACUGUUUUGGUUUGGUCACAGAUACUCCCCCGCCAGCACUGGCGAGGCGGUGUUGACCAAGAAGCAAUGGAUAUGGUCAAAAAACGGUUAAACAGUUUUGUUGCAACCGCCUUAAUCCGCACAGGGGGGAAAUAUAUUCGAUAUCCAGAAAUUCAGAUUGAUUGUCCGCACUUGUUUGCCCCUGACGGAGUUCAUCUCUCUGAACUUGGUAACCAAUUUUUCUUGUACCGCCUCCAACAAGCUUUGCAGACUUUUAUUACAAAACCCACUGAAAAAGUGUCACCAAAAUUGGGAGAGUUUGGGCCAUGGCUGUGCUAUGACUAG